UGUCACAAAUGUCGUGACGUCACGUGUCAAAUGUCAAACAAAUAAAGCGGCGCUGGGUCCCGCUAACAAAAUUUGUUGAAUAAAAAUCCCGUGAUUUGCACGUAAAAUGGAGUAAAACUCCUUUAGUACAUCAAACUGGGUACUCCUUUUUCAUAUAUCGUGAAAUCGCUCCUCUGUCGAUAAUGUUUUUUCUUAAGUAAAAAGUGAGGUUAUGGACAUGGCAGGCCAAAAUAAUCUGGAUUUGGACCUUGAUUUGGAUUCCGACGACGAGUUAGGUCACCUAAAAGCAUCCAAACGACAAAUAAGCCAUGAAGAGUUUAUGCGCAACCGAGAUAUAAUGGCAAAUUUUCCCAACCGAUUCUACCAGACGCAAGAAGAAAUUAUCCUGAAGCGUCGAAUCGGUUCUGGGGUUGCUUUCGUUAGUCUGGUUGCUGAAAAUUUAUUGAGCCAUCCGUUUCAAGUGUUGCGUCGACAAUGCCAAGUCCAUCACACUUCACAAAGAUAUCAUUUAUUGCCGUUUACUUUGAUACCAACAGUUUAUAGGUUACACCAACACCAAGGCCUUACUACACUUUGGAAAGGGCUGGGGUCUGUGCUGCUUGUUAGAGGUAUCUCGAUAGGAGUGGAAGAUUUAAUUUCGAAAAUAACACCGUGGCCAAAAGAAAUCCGGUGGCACAGUAGUUUAAAACAUUUCUUUCAACACACUCUACUAAAAUGCGUCAGUCUAGCAAUUGUUACUCCGUUUUAUUCAGCGUCGUUCGUUGAAACAGUGCAGAGUGAAAUUGCUAGUGAAAAACCUGGAAUUUUGGAUGUCUUCAAAGAAGGGUUUAUGCGUCUCUUCAACUGGAAUGGGGGUGCUAAAGGCCGCAUGUUACCCAUUUGGGUCCUCAUAGUACCUACCAUUACGCUAGGGUUAUCUAAAUAUUUGUUUACCAUGAUGGUAAAAGGCGCAUCUGCUCGACUUCUACAUUCAAGAUUUAAGAACAAACAUGAAGCAAACGGCGCACUGCCGAAAGAUAUUUCACAUUCUGUUGUGCUACAAGAUCUAGAUACAACAGCAUCGCUAAUCGCUAAUAUUGCAAGCGAUGUCGCAUUUUAUCCUUGUGAAACAAUAAUUCAUCGGUUAUAUCUGCAGGGUACAAGGACAAUAGUUGAUAAUUUAGACAGCGGGCGUUCAGUGUUGCCAAUCUUAACAAAUUUCGCUGGUGCAAUGGAUUGCUACGAAAGUUGCGUGGCCUCUGAAGGUACCCUAGGUCUCUACAAAGGUUUCGGUGCUCUUAUAAUGCAAUACGCUGUCCAUGUUGCUUUAAUACAGUUUUCACGAUUUUUACUAACUGAAUUGGGAAGUUUGAUACAUAAACCAAAGAAGCAACCGCCUUUACCGACAGACAUUUCUCCAGCCGCUCUUUCAAAUCUAUCAGCCACACAUAGGUCUUAUUUACUUCCAUAACUAGUCAUUUCAUACUUUGACCAAUUUGUAGUGACAGAUAAGAUGUGUUCUUGGAGAUGACAACUAAAUUAUUGUUAAUUGACAUUAUGUUAACAUCGUGUUUCAAUUUUAGUUUAUUUGUAUGUUGUAUUGUGAUCUUAAAGGACACAUUUGUUAUAUUUUUGUUAUUCGAUUUGUGAAGUCGUUGAAUAUGUUAUGAUUUUUGCUGAUGAGUAGCUGAGGUACAGUAAAUGGUGAGAUUGAA